UGCCCAUUUUGGAAAGACGAAGACUCACGCUUUCUCUAUCAACAUCGUCCGUCUGUUUCUUUUGAUGGUGCAGAGACGUCUUAGGGAUUUCAAAGGGAGAAACACCAAGAACAGAAUAUUCAUAAGAACAAUCCCCACCAAACCCAUCUUCAAAGUUUUCUUCUUUUCCACUUUCUCUCUCUUCUCUUGACCAUCGCAGAAUCUCAUUUGCAUGCUUACCCGAUUGGGAAAUUCUUGCUUUCCUCGUCACGCAUUCUUAGUUCUUACACCUCGAUCCAAUUGAUUCGAUUUUAGGGUUCUACUUUGCAAAUCAAUUUUGUGAAACUUUGCUUCUCCUCUGUACAUCCUUUUUGAUGGCCGCUUACGCGAAUUAUCUCCGGUUGGCAAGACUUGGAGCUAGUUCAGGUGUAAAUUUGUCGACUUUCAGAUCAAUCGGUUCUCCAAAUCCGACAUUUGACAGGACUCUGUUCGAUCACCACGAGAUUCGCUCUUCUUCUUCAUCCUUGGUAUCAUCUUCUCUGUACAGACAAUCACACGCCAGAUUCAUAUCUCAACUUGUCAAAACCAAUGGGAAACGUUUGUAUCUCGUCGAUACACUCGCUUUGGUUAGGAGCUUAGAAGCACAAGGCCUGCCUUCAAAACAAGCGGAGGCAAUAACCGGUGCUAUAACCGAGGUUCUGAAUGAUAGUUUGGGAGUCGUGUCUCAGUUGGUUGUCUCCAAGGGAGAGAUGCAGAAAGCUGAAAUGACACAGGAAUCAAACUUAUCCAAGUUCAAAAGUGAAAUUAACAGCUCGCUGGAUCACCAUUUCUCAUUGCUGCAACACGAGAAUGAGAAACUUCGCAAUGACAUAGAGCGAAUCCGCACUGAUAUAAGGCACGAGAUUGACAAAGUCACAGCAGGACAACGGUUGGACUUGAAUCUUGAAAAAGGGAGGAUAAGAGAUGAGCUAACAAAUCAAAACGCAGAAACAUCUAACCUUACAAACAAACUUGACCGUGAGAUUCACACUUUGAGAGCUCAGUUGGAAGCGGCCAAGUACGAGGUGAUCAAGUACUGUAUCGGUACACUUGUAUCCAUCUCAGCUGUUGGUCUCGCUGUCCUUCGGAUCGUCAUGUGACUUCUCUCUCCAUCGGACGGUGCCGAUUUUAUGACCAGCUCAUCUUUGCUGUUUUUUCUUUUCUAAAUUAUGGGAUGAAAUCUUGGUUUUAUAUCUUGUGAAUUAUUCGUAUGUUCUAAACAAUCGUUAGGCGGUAGGUAGAGCAAAAACCAAACAAAAGCAUAGUAAAUUUAUAAAUU